AUGCCAAAGGUUGAGGACAGGAAAUACAAGGUGGGACACGAGCAGAAGGUCCAGCUGGUGGCCGACCGGGACCACUUCAUCCGAACCCUCAGCCUCAAGCCGCUGCUCUUCGAAGUCCCGGGCUUCCUGCGCGACGAGGAGUGUCGGCUCAUCAUCCACCUGGCACAGAUGAAGGGGCUACAGCGCAGCCAGAUCCUGCCCACCGAGGAGUACGAGGAGGCCCUGGGCACCAUGCAGGUCAGCCAGCUGGACCUCUUCCGGCUGCUGGACCAGAACCGGGACGGCCGCCUGCAGCUCCGUGAGGUCCUGGCCCAGACUCGCCUGGGGAAUGGACGCUGGAUGACGCCAGAGAACAUUCAGGAGAUGUACUCUGCGAUCAAGGCUGACCCGGACGGUGAUGGUGAGCUCAGACCUCCCGCAGCUCUGUCCCUGGGAGCCCGUCCCCACGCCGGCUGGCCUUUGUGCCCAGCCUCAGAGCAGCCAGAGGCUCCGGCCCCUUGCUGACCGUCUAGAGGGCAGGUCUUGGGGACCCUUUCCACCUCGUCAGUCGGACUCUGGGGCACAGGAGGUGGGGCUGCUGGCUGGCAGAGGGCAGAGGGGGUGGAGCGAGAGCGAAGGGACAGUGAUGCCAGCUUGAGCUUGGCUGUGCCCCCGCUCCGUCUGCCUCUCCAGCCAGCAGGGUCUGCCCAAGGCCUCCGUCUUGCCCCCUGGAGCCAUUCUAACUGCGAGGGCAGGUGUGGGCAGGGAGCUGUCAUACCCGCACCCCCCC